AUGAAAAUAUCUAUAAAAAGUACUAGUUUAUUUAUCAAUACACUUUCGAAAAUUAAUGUUAUGUUGGGUGGCAAUAAUAAAUCCUUUUCCUGUUGUAAACAUUAUUAUUAUUUAAUAUCAUUAUCUUUUAUAUUACUAUUUUUUUUCAGUGAUUUUUUGGUGUUGACAACAGGCACCACCUUAUCUCCAUCGUCACACACUGAACAAAAUCAUCAACAACUACAACAACAACAAUUAGAUCUAGAUAUAAAUAAUAUAGAUGUCAAUGAUGAUAGUAGUAGUAGUAGUGAUAGUUUCGAGUUUGUACCAACACUUAAACCAACAUCUGAAAUAACUAUAAUAUCAAAAGAUACAAUUAACUUUACAUGGGUUUCAGAUGCAAACUACGAACACAAACCAUAUUAUAAUGCUUCGAUUUCUUUCGAUAACAAGAAUUGGUUAACGUUUUGUUAUUAUUCAGAAUCAAACAAUUGUGUAUUCGACAGUUUAGUCUCUGAUACAACCUAUCACUUUAAAAUAUCCGAUGUCAACUAUGACAUUCCUGUAGAUAAAUUUUAUAGUUAUAAAACACAACCAGAUUCAACAAGUAGAUGUAUUCUGGAGGAUGGCGAUAAUGCAUGUUAUGGAAAUGGACAUUGUAUGGGUAAUCAAUGUAUAUGUAACGAUGGUUGGGGUGGCGAUCUAUGUCAGAUCAAAACUUUCAACAAAAGACGAACACAAGAUGUCAAACCGAUGACCACUCAGCCGAUUGCCAAUAUCACAAUGGCCGGAAUGAGCUACUCGAUCAUCGUAGACAGCCUACAGGAAUACACAAGUCAGAAUUGGAAAAUCGGAAACCGAGUGGAGUUCUCGCAGUUGAAUUGGCGGUACUCGGUGCUCGAAGACGAAGCGGUCGAGAUCCACAGUUCCGACACGAUCGUGCGAAAGCGCUGGCUCUACCAAGCGGACUUGGAUGACAAACCGUCGCUCCGACAGAGUGCCCGUAUCAAUGUUACAUUCACACAGUACGUUGCUAUCGAAGGUGUAACCGACAACCACGUCGUUACACCACCCGAAGGUGGAGAGCAAUGUGUCGAUUGGUCUUACUACUCGUUAAUCGAAGGCGACAGGAUAACGGCGCUCAGUCUCAUAGAUGCCGGCGGCAACAUGGUGUACGGACAGUUCCCCAAUCGUGCAGAGGUCGACAAUGUUCCGCGAUCGGUUGAGAAUCGAUUCACUGAGAAUAAAGACGAUGGAUCGGUCAAUGUUUCUUCGCGGCUACCGUAUUUCGAGAUGCGAGCACUUCUUGACCCCGACCUAAAUCUUCUGGUGACCGGCGGUGACUAUUCAAGAUGCAGAUAUCCAUCGAAAACAAGAUUCACCCUCAUGGUUACAUUUGGUUUUUCACUUGGACUCUUAUUAGCAGCUACCUCGUUUUGUCUAAUGGUUAAAUACCAACAAAGUAGAAUACACUCAAAGAACUAUCAUAAUUUCCAAGACGAAGAAGAAGAGGAAGAAGAUGUGAAUGCUAAUGAUAAUGUUGAAAAAGUAACUGUUUUAAAUAUAACCGAUCAAAAUACAAAUAAUCAUAAUAAAAAUGUUUAG